UACUUGUCACUUGAAUUUUACCAAAAAUUUUUUUCAGUGAUUAGUUGCGAUUAGAGUUUUGUUGUUAUGCCGGUUCCGCACAUUUCAAAAAAAUGUCCCUUUGUGAUUAUAACAAUCUGAAAGAAUGGGCCCCCUUGACCGACUUAUUCACCAAGUUACCGACAAAAAUCCAGAAUGGGCUUUUCACUCAAGAGGUGAAAUUGACUUGUUUGGAUGUCUUACCGGAAUUUCUAGCACUGGGGACAAAUGUGGGGCUUGUUUAUUGGUACGAUAGAAAAAAGAAGGAUUUACAACGACUUCGUUGCGAGAAACAAAACGUGCAAAUAACUGUGGUUCGGAUUAUCUCAACUGUUGAUUUUAUGGUAGCUUGUGGGAGUAAUGAUGGAAGUAUAAAUAUUUUUCAAAUACCGAAAUCGCAUCCUGAUUCAAUUCCGGAGAAUUUGAGACCGAAAAGUAAACAAGUGGAGAGGUUUACAGUGUCGGAUUUGCAUAAAUGUGCAGUGACGGCGAUUGAGUGGUCGAAAAACGGAAUGAAACUCUUUUCAGGGGACAAAAACGGUUGUAUUGUCCUCACAGAAAUCGAUUUUUACAUGCACAUUUGUAAAUCAGUGGAAAUUUUAAAUGAAUCCUAUGAAGUGGUACAACUCAGUUACAGCCAACAACGACUCUUAGUCUCAACAACAUACAGAAGUAUCAUUUGUCAAAGACAUGGUAAAUGGAAAGUGUGUCAAGUGGGCAAGAAAGAUAGGAAAAUUUUAGGCCCUUUUGGGGGUUUAAUUCACCAAAAUGGCCCUAAAACCAACGAUGCUGUUUUGUAUUGCACCAGACCGGGACUGAGAAUUUGGGUGGCCGAUUGUGACGGGAAUGUUAAUAAAACUCUCUUAUUUAAGGAUCUGCUGAAAAAAGAAUGUACUGAAGUGCCAAUAAUCAAUCCGAUUUCUCGAAAUUUAAAAAUGCUCAAGCCGUUGAAAGAACCUUCAUUUGGGGUCCUCCUCCCUUUCAGCCAUAAUUUGCUUUUAACGUACAAUAAUGACGUUAUUUACGUCCUAGAUCCGGAACAAAUGACAAUUAUCUCAACUAUGAGCCAUUUUCGAAGUGUGUUGUGUGUGGCCACCCACAAAGACGAGAUUUUUAUCCUUGAAGAAGAUCGAAGUGUUGUUCGAAUUUCGUACAAACCGGAAGAAACUUUCGAUUGUGUGAAUUCGGCGUCACCUGUCGCUAGUAUGUUUCUUCCAAUCACAACGUCCCUUAAAGAUAUUACAACUAAACUCCAGAGUGGGGGUAAACUCCCAGCCCCCCCAAAUAUCCACACCGAUGAAUCUCUUAUUAUGAACGCUGAAGAAGCCAAGGAAUCCCCGAUUAAAACACGUCCCGAAAUCGAGAAAAGAUUCAACGAUAUUGGUCGACAACAAUUCGAGGAGAAAAUCUUGUAUAGGAAGAGUAGACACCGAAAGAGGAUGUGUGCGAGUAUGAGUAGUUUGAGUUCGAAUAGUUCCGAAGAGAAGGAAGGGAUUAAACCGACUUUGAUGACGUUGAGUUCGGUGGGGGUUUUACCCGAUUUGAGGAGUCCCGAAUCGAUACAGAACGAUAUCGAGUAUAAAGAGAAGAUUCUUGCCGAUAUGUUGAGUUUAGAUACGAUUAAAAUAUCAUUAGAUCAAUUACAAGAGAAUAAUAAGAGCUGUGAUGAUGAUUUAAAUGAAUCCAAUAUUGAAAGCAUUCCGGAAGUUAGUCCACCACAAAGUUGUAGAAAAAGUAAUGGGGACAAUGAUACACCCCCUGUGUGUUUGAACAUUCCGAAUGAGUGGAAAUUGGCCGAUAUUCAGUUAAAUGUUAAAACUGAACCAGUAAAUGUGAAAAAUGAUACGUCAGUCGCUGAUAAUUCGUUAACGGAUUGGGAAAUCAUAUAAAGUGGGUCACGGUUACGUACAAUUCGGACUGUAUUUCUAAUUUUUUACUAGUCAUUUAUUUUAUUGUGCAAUUUAGUACUCGAUUUUUAACGUAUGAGCCAAAAAUAUGAUUUAUACGUGAGGCUCUCUUAUUUUUUGCUCAUAUGGGCUUAGGGAAAUAAAAUUAUAGUUGAAGUGAGAUUUAUUAACAAAUAAAUAAAUAUUUGGAACAAAUUUAUAGUUAUGUAUGCAGCCAAUUAUACACGUCCGGGUGUAUUUCUAACAGAUUGGUAUUUCUUUUUUUUACACUUUCAAUUUUUAUUAAUUUUCACUUGUUAUAAAGCAAUUUAGUGCCCAAAAGCCAAAAUUUAUCACAAAAUGCGUUUUUUUUUUUAUACCAGCU